AUGAACCAACGUGUGCAAGAGAUGAAUGGUAACUUCAAUAUAAAUAUACCAGAGGUUCCGGAUGACCCAGAUAGCGACGAAGAGUUAGAGCUCGGGGAAGAGUCUUCGGAUGAUGAUGAUGAUGAUGAUGAUGAGAAUGAUUAUCAAAGACAUGUGGAUAUAGAUUGGCAAGACCGCAGGAAUGAAUCGGAAAAUGAUGAUGAUGAUAACGAAGGUGGGUUGGAGAUAACGGUGACAAUCCAGAGAAUUCGAAUGAUUCAGAUGAGCACCGCAUUGUUCAUCCGCGUCGUGUUGGGUCAGAGGAAGAAGAGGAGGAUUCUAGCCACCAUCGUCAAUAGCAUUCAGAUGACAGUGAUGGAGAAGGGCACCACGGCAAUAACCAGGAGGAUUCAAAUCCAGAAGAUGAGAAUGAAAGCAGUGACGAGGGAUCUGAUGAGAGGGGGUGGAGAAGAUAAUGGUAACCAAGAGGAUUCCGAUGAUGCCGAUGAGAAUCGAAUCGCUCCUGUUACUAAUAAUGAACCUGAUUUAGAAGAAAAUGAUGAUGAAACAGAAAUGAAGAACCUUCUCGUGGAAUAUACAACCAAGAAAAUUCGUAUGACCCAGCCGAUAAUGGUGAUAAUUACGCCAGUAACAGUUAUGAGCCUCCUGGCAGUACCCGCGUUAGGAUUCGUCUAUCUCGUUAUGGCCAUCGCGAUUCAGAUGACCCAGCUGAUGUCAACACCUACGUUAGCAUUCGAGAUUCAGAUGAUGAAUUUCAGCUGGAAUUUUUUUCUUUUUCUCACAAUACUUGUGAUCGUACUCAAUAAAUAA